CGGAGAUUGUUGAUAAACAAGUUUAGUUCAGUCCUUUGCAACUGUGUGGCGAAGCCCCGGCCGUUUAUUAUUUGUAACAAAUGUGACAAUAUGUCAAAAACGUUGGUGGAGCUGUGGAGGUGUGCUGAUUACGGACAGCACGCGGUACCUGCUGGACCUUCGCCGGGGCCUGCGCGGGUGCGGAUGACGUCGUGACGGCCUUUGGGUACCGCUAACGGGCGGGUCGCUGGACCGCCGUCGGACGCCCUUCGUUCGGAGUGCUUCGAAGCGCGAGGCGAGCGCGGGCGCGGCCGACCGCAGUGCGAGCAGGAUGGAGGCGGGCAGGGAGCGGAGCCGGGAUCGGGAGCGCAGCCCGGCGCGCAGCCCGGCGCGCAGCCUGGGCGCGGCCGUGGCGGACGCGGGCGCCGCGGGCGACGUGAUGCUGCGCCAGAACCGCGAGAUGCGGCGCCGCAUGGAGGAGGAGCAGGCCUCGUACCGCCGCCGCCUGGACACGUACCGGCAGGCGCAGCAGCACCAGGCCGCCCUCGUGAGCCGCCUGCAGGCCAAGGUGCUGCAGUACAAGCAGCGCUGCGCCGAGCUCGAGGGCCACAUGGAGGACACGCUCGCGCCGCCGCGGCCGCCGUCGGCCCUGGAGCGGGACGAGCGCGAACGGGACCGCGUGCUGGACCUGGACACGGCCCUCAUCAGGCUGGACGACGAGCGCCGGAAGAGCGACAAGGCGAUGCAGCUCAACCUGGCCCUGCGCGACCAGCUGGAGGAGGCGCACCAGACGAACGAGGCCCUCACCUCGGACCUGCAGAAGCUGUCCAACGACUGGGAGGCGCUGCGGGAGGAGAUGCUGCUCAAGGAGGAGGAGUGGAAGGAGGAGGAGCAGGCCUUCAACGAGUACUACACGACGGAGCACGCGCGCCUCCUCAACCUCUGGCGCGACGUGGUGGCCGUCAAGCGCCUCUUCGCGGACAUGCAGGCGAGCACGCAACGCGACCUCCAGGGCCUGCGCUCGGAUAUGACGCUCACCACGAGGGAGAUGGCGAGCGCGUGCUCGGCGCUGGCGGGCGGUGCGCGGCGCGAGGCUAGCGAGGACCGGCAGCAGAGCGAGCGCGAGCUGAACGAGCUGCGCACGCAGCUGCAGGCGCUGCGUGCCUCGCACGAGGCCGCCGUGGCCGAGGUGAAGCACAAGGACGAGCGCGUGCAGAGCCUGACCCGGGAGGUGCAGGCGCUCGAGGAGCGCUGCGGCGAGGCCGAGGCCGGCCUGGGCCAGGUGACGCGCAUCCAGGAGGAGGUGGAGCUGCUGCAGGGCGCGCUGCGCGACAUCGCGCACGCCGUCAUCCAGGACGCGGAGGGGCGCGACGUGGACGCCGUGAUGCUGUCGCAGUCGGCGCACGUCCACCUGACGCCGCCGGGCCCCGUGCCGCCGCGCUCCCCCAAGCGCGGCCAGCAGCGCGCGCACACGUCGCCCGCCUUCGCCGAGGGCACCAUCUCGGCCGUGCAGGCGGCGCUGCACAAGUACCAGCUGCACAUCCACGAGCUGCAGGUGAAGCUCGACGCCAGCCAGGAGCAGCUGCAGAGCACCCGCCGCCAGACCGAGGCAUCCGAGUGCUCGCAGCAGUCGCUCGAGGCGCGCGUCGCCGAGCUCACCAUCCAACUGGACGCGGCCAAGGCGCGCUGCAACCAGCUGCUGCAGGAGAAGGACAUCCUCGUCAAGUCCCUCGACUCGGUGCGCGCCGAGAAGAACGCCCUGGACAAGAAUCGGCUGGAGAUCAACGCCAUGAUUGACACUCUAAACGCAGACUACGAGAAGGUACAGAAGAACAACAACCGCCUCCAGAAGCUGCUCGAUGGCAUGGAGGACGAGAAGAUCUUCCUGCAGAGCGAGCUCGACCGGCUGAGCAAAGACGGAGAGAUGAGGGAGGUGAGCCUGCGCGCCGAGGAGGACCGCGGCAGCCGGCUGCGGGAGGAGCUGCUGACGGUGCGCGAGGAGCUCAGCAGGGCGCACCUGGCUCGCGAGGUGCUGGAGCAGCACAAGGACGACUCGGAGAGCGUGAUCGCGCAGAUGGAGAAGGCCAAGGGCGACAUUGAGCUGGAGCUGGAGCGGGUGCUCAUGGAACGCGCCGAUCUUCAGGAAGCGCUGCUCAAGGCCGAGAAUCUAUCCCUCAGCCUCGAGGCCGACAAGAAGCGCCUGCAGGAUGACCGGCGCACCCUGGAGGAGGAGCGAGCCGCGCUGCAGGGCCAGGUGGCCGACCAGAACAGCGACCUGGGCUCGCUUCGCAAGGAGCUACUGCAGGCCGAACAGACGCGCCUCGACCUCGAGUCGGACAAGGUGUCCCUGCAGGAGAAGUGCAAGUUCUUGGACAUCGAGAAAGAGAAGACUGAAGUGGAGCUCGGGCAGGUGGCCCGCGAGCGCAGCGACUUUAGUCACCAGCUGGCCGUGGUCGUCCGCCAGAAGGAAGCGCUCUCGGAGGAGCUGGGCCGCGUGCGCCAGCGGCUGGAGCAGGCCAGCGAGACCAACAGCAGGCUCAACCUGAGCCUCGAGGACCUCGUCAAGGACUGCGAGGAGAAGCAGGUGGUCCUGGAGGCCAACGACAAGGACAUCCAGCGCCUCCAGGAGCAGCUGGCCUCGCUUCGCAGCGAGAAGGAGGCGCUGGAGGCCGUGCUCUUCGACGCGCAGACGGGUUUGGAGGCGACGGACAACAAGCGCGCCAAGCUGGAGAAGGAGAACCAGGAGCUGCUCGUCAAGCACGAGGGGCUCAAGGGGCAGAUCACCCGCCUCACCAAAGACCUGGAGAACUCGGAGAAGCGCGCCCGCGAGAUGCGCGCGUCCCUGCUGCAGGCCGCCGGAAACCAGGAGGCCGAGUUCCAGCAGCAGAUCGCCAAGCUUAAAAGCACAAUCGAGGAGACGGUGCGCAAGCUCACCGACGAGAGGGAGCAAGUUCGUGCCGCGCUGGAGAAGCGCCUGCAGAGUGCCGUGACCCAGCUGACCAACGAGAAGGAGGCGGAAGUGGCCGCCCUCCAGGAGAGGAUCGACGCGGCACAGCAGCACCUGGAGAACGUGUGCCAGCAGCACGAAGAGGCGCUACUCCGCGCCGAGAACGACAAGCAGCAGUCGCUGCUUCUGGCGCAACACGACCAGCAGGCGCUGCAGGAGAAGCUGGAGUGCGUGCGGCGCGAGCUGGAGGAGGAGCGCGGCGUGCUGGAGCGGGUGCGGCGCGAGGCGACGGCGCGCGCCGAGCAGGACCGCGCCACGCUCAACCAGCUGCGCGACGAGCUGGCGCGCGUGCACACGCGCCUCGAGGACUUCAAGUGCAAGGCGGAGGAGGACCGCGCCCGCUUCGACGCGCGCGCCGACGAGCUGCUCCGCGAGCGCGACCUCUCGCAGCAGGAGAGCGAGGAGCUCAAGGUGCAGCUCAGCCUGUCCGAGGACCGCGUCGACCAGGUCCAGGCACAGCUGCAGGAGACGCUGCGCAAGCUCAAGGAGACCGAAAACGUGAGCGAGUCGCUGCGGAAGGACCUGACGGACGUCCGCCGCCAGCUCAGCGACUGCAGCUUCGAGAAGGACAAGUACUGCAGCACCAACCGCGAGCUGCGCGAGAUCGUCAAGCGGCUGGAGGGCGACAAGCGCGAGGCGGCGCGCGGGCUGGACGAGGCCGUGCAGAAGAUCGCCAUGCUGGAGGAGGCGCGCGGCGCGCUCGACCUGGAGCGCACCCGCCUGCAGGCGCAGGUGCGCGACCUGGAGCACGCGCACCUCACCGUGCAGCACAACCUGCAGACGGUGCAGGACGAGCUGGCGCGCACGCAGGCCGCCAACAAGCAGGCCGCCGGCGAGGAGAAGGAGCUGCAGGCGCGGCUGGCCGUGGAGACCGAGGAGCGCGAGCGAGCCUCGCAGGAGCUGCACCAGCUGCGCAAGCAGGCCGUGGAGCUGGACGGCGCGCUGGAGAUGGCCCGCCAGGAGAUGGCGCGCCUGCGCUCGCGCGCCGAGGAGGAGGGCGAGCGGUGGCGCGCGCGCGAGCAGGAGCUGGUCAUGCGCCUGGAGGACAGCCGCAACCGGGAGCGCAAGCUCGAGGACCAGAAGCACAACCUGGAGGUGUGCCUGGCCGACGCCACGCAGCAGAUCCAGGAGCUCAAGGCGCGCCUGGGCGGCGCCGAGGGCCGCGUGCGCGCCCUGGACCAGCAGCUGCUGCAGCUGGAGGCGGCCAAGAAGGACGCGGACCAGAAGCUGAGCAGCGUGGGGUCGACGCUGCGCCGCAUCGCCGGCAUCCAGCUGGACGGCAGCGUCAGCCUGCCCUUCCGUCUGCUCAGCCCGUCGCGCCGGUGGAGCCCCGCCAGAGCAGUCCAAGAGCACCACGACGGCCGAGGCGACAGCGUGGUUGAUGUGGACCCGGAGGUGAUCCGCAAGGGCGUACGCUCCCUCAUGCAGCAAGUGGCGCAGAUCGAACGAGAGCGGGACGACCUGAAGGCCCAGGUGACCGCGGCCAAAAAGCAGCUGGCCGAGACGCAGGAGCACCAGUCCAAAGGAGACACGAAACUCAACGCCACGCUGCAGAACCUGUCCCGCCUCCAGGAGGAGAAGGGCAGCCUGGAGAACCGGCUGGGACAGAAGCAAGCAGCGCUCCAGGCCCAAUCGGAGACACUGCAGCAGCGCACCGAGGAGGCGACGCAGCUGCGCGAGCGUCUGACGGCGCUGGAGCUGACGCUGCACUCGGGCGCGGAGGAGCGCGCCGUGUGCGAGGACAAGCUGGAUAAGGUGCGGGCCGCGUGCGGCCGCCUGGAGGCCGAGAAGCGCGCGCUGCAGGAGGAGCUGGGCCGCACCGAGUCGCGCGCCACCAAGCUCGAGCUGCAGCGCAUGGGCCUGGAGGGUGACCUGCAGCGGCUGCAGAUGGUGCUGCAGGAGAAGGACUCGCAUCUGGCGAAGUUGCAAGAGAGGUGCGAGCAACAGGGCCGCAUGGUGGCCAGCCUCGAGGAGCGCUGCGCCUCCAUGAAGAACACCAUCGACCAGCUGAACCUGUCGCUGGAGCGCGCCGCAGCUGGCGAGUCGGAGCUGCGCGCCGAGAUUCAAAGCCUGCAGCGCACGCUCAUCGACACGAGCUCCACAUCGCAGGCCAGCUGCGAGAAGUUGAAACAACUCCAGAAGUCCCUGACGAACAGCGAGAACGAGCGGCGAGUCGUGACGGAGCGGCUGGAGGUGACGCAGCAGCAGCUCGCGGACCUGCGGAGAGCCAACCAGCAGCUGUCGGACCAGUCCAGCCGCCUGCACGCCGAGCUGGCCAACAACGAGGUGCAGCGCUCGGCGCUCGAGUCGCAGCUGCGGCUGGCCAACUCCUCGGCGGCGUCCUGGCCCGCCGAGCAGCACGCGCCCGACAACAUGCGCGAGGAGGAGCUGAACCGCCAGCUUACCACGGCCCACCGCGAGCGCUCCGACCUGCGCACCAAGGUGGACUCGCUCGUCGAGAAGGUGCGCUGCCUGGAGACGGAGAAGCGCACGCUGGAGCGUACCAUUACCAAGGGCGGCCGCAGCCGCAGCUACGACCGCAACCGGGAGGCGACGGAGAAGGAGCUGGACAUGGUGGACUCGGCCGGCUCGGGCCUCAGCCAGGUGCUGGAGCAGGAGAACCGCGAGCUCCGCAUGCGCGUGCGCCGUCUGGAGGCGAUGCUCGCCGAAAAGGAGAACGAGCUGCUGCGCGCCCGCCAGGCGCUGCAGUCGGCGCAGGCGCACCUGCAGGUGCAGCAGUCGCACGGCCGCUCGCACAGCCCCGAGCGCGCCGAGCGGGCUGAGCGGGCCGCCGAGCUGGAGCGGGUGCGCGCCUCGCAGCUGCAGGCCGAGCGCCUGCUCGAGGCGCGCGAGCAGUCGCACCGCCAGCAGGUGCUGCGGCUUGAGAACCAGAUUCAACUUCUCCGCGAGCAGCUGGCCCAGGAAGUCAAGCGGCGGCAGCUGUACGUGCUGCGCAGCUCCAGGGCCGGGCGGGAGAUGCAGCACCUGCGGCAGGCGCUGGGCGACUCGCUGCGGACCGUGUCGCAGGACCCCGCCCUGGACGCGCUGCUGCUCGAGCACGAGGCGCGCAAGUUGGACAACUCGCUCGCCACGGCCACCUCGCCCAUGCCGCCCAAGUAGUGGCCCGGCGACUCUGCGGUGGAUCAUCACUGAUCAUCCAGUUGCUUAAAACCAUUGCGAAUACCAGCUCUUCCUGUUCUUUGGAAUUGUUUAAAAUAGACACUGAUCAGAAUCUCGGAAUUUUUUGAAGCAUGGUGAAUUUGUAGAAGAGCUUCACUGUACUUGUAAGAUUAACAACUUUAUUAUCAUGUUUAAAGCCUGGCGUGUAUACUUCCAUUCAAAACACCUUUUUGUUUGUUUGGAACAUAGAAUUAGACGACUUGGUGUAAAUCUGCAGUUCAUGAAAAUAUGGUUCCUGUUGUAGGAAUCGAGACCAUUCCACAUAAAUAUCUGGUUCCUGUUGUAGGAAUAAAUAACAUUCCACAUAAAUAUUUCCAGUGUGUGUUUAUGCAUGUCUGUGUGGAUUUCUUGGAAGGGUUUGUAUGUUUCUAGUCUUUUCUAUUUAUUCUUUUUAUGUGACCAUUUAUGUUUUUCUGUUUUACUUAUUUUAUGUUGUUUAACUUUUUUGAAAACUAUAAUUCAUGUAACAAAUCAAGUUACAUUUUUUUUUACUCAAUUUUGUGAUCUAAGACUUUGUACCAAAAUAUACUGCCAUGAAUAAUUUUAGUUGAUACCACAACUCAAGCAUUCUUUGAAAUAGCUCAUUUACAAUUCUAUGUAUUGUAUUGACUAGAGUUUUUACAUUUUGCACUUUUCUUCUCCAUAGCCAUGAAUAUGUAGCUGUUUUAGAUUUUAUUUUAAAGCGGGUUUAGUCUACGUCAUUUAAUUUUGGUCAGAUCCUGGUUUCAUCAAAUGAGGCUUAAGAGGGUAUGUUGUGAAUAAGUGUUAAUACUUUAUUACAACUUAGCCUGGGCCUGUGCCAUUAUAACUUAGUCAUGUGCCUUUUAAAAGAAAUAUUCUCUCUAUCAUACAAAGGAAAAAUAGGCACAACCCCCAAACAUGUUUGUAUUGUGCAAUUUACAAGUACUUUUAAGAAGAAGUGGAAUGGUUAGUUUCCACUCCUAGUGUUUAAAUCUUGUUUCACUUAGAAAUACUUCCCAGAACUGAUAACCAACUUUCAAUAUUUUUUGCCACAGUGAAAUUUCUAAAGGAAUGCAUUUGAUGUUAACGAAAUGUUUGGCUUGCUGCAGGUGAGGCGAGAACUCACACUGCAUCGCAAGUCAAGAGAGAUCUGAUAGGAGCUUGUGUCGUGUUCUCUAACCUGUCACUCGCUGAGGGGUCAUGUGGUAGAACCAUGGUAAAGUUGAUCAGUGCAUUUUUCCCUAGGACCAGUUUCAGAAAAAAAUAGUGACUCAUGUAGCACUGUACAUUUUGGGGGAUAUUAUAUUUAUUAUUUUAUAGAUUUGAGUUUAGUAAGGAUUUCCCUCUAAACAACCUGAAUGUGGAAUUAUUACUAGAUGUAUCUUUUUUUUUGCACCUUGAAAAUGUGUGUUUUCUAUCCACUUUGUCGAGCAAAGUGCAUAGAAAUACAAGUUAAUUUUGGAGCAAAUAAAUCCUGCAGCCUCCUUGGCUGCAGUUCUUAAUAAUUUAUUGCUGAACAAAGUGCCUCUUAAAAUCAAAACUAAAAGCCAAAAACAAAAAAGUAAAACCUGGGAAAACAAAAUAGUGUAUGAAAUCACAAACAGGAUUCAGUCUGUUGUAGGUCAAGCCUUAGGUAGAUUAUACUAUGAUCUAAUUUGGGGAUUUUUUUAAAGCAAACUAUUAUCUUCACAUGUAGUGAAAGUUAUGUAAUAAUCCUGGCCAGGAGCAAAGGGUAGUAAAGUCUAUCAUUUUUAGACGUUAUCGAUUUGAUGAUAAAAUUUAUUGAACUGUUUUCAACUUAUUUAUGCUAUUUUUGUGGAGAACACUUCCAAUAAUUAUGUAGUGGUGUAGGUCAAGGUAGCAAUGCUCCUUGUCCGUUUUUGAUUUCUUCUACAUGUCAUGUAGUUUUGUAAGUCUUAUCAUUUUUUUUAUGUGUAUGUGAGGGUGUGUUUUUACUUGUAGUACUGUGACUUUGCAUAGGUGCUAUAUUACUGUGUUUUAUAUUGUGAUUCGUAUGUGCCUUAAUACCAGGUAACAUGAAACUUUAUUAAAAUGUCGUGUCAUCAAGAAUCAGUCAAUCGCUUUAAAUCUCAAAGCAGAACUAAUGAAUCUCAGUGGGAGAGGAAAUUUUAUGCUCAUCUAGUGUCUAGUGUUUUAGUCCGUCCAUAACUGCCUUCAACCAUUAUAUGUGUAGAAUAUGUUUGAUACUAGUAAUGUGAUUUCAUAGAAUAAAAAUAUUACCAAACAACC